AUGAUGUCGAUGAACAGCAAGCAGCCUUUCAGUAUGCACCCCAUCCUGCACGAGCCUAAAUACACUCCGCUGCACUCCAGCUCCGAGGCCAUCCGCAGGGCCUGCCUGCCCACACCGUCGCUCCAGGGGAACAUCUUCGCGGGCUUCGAUGAGACUUUGCUGCAGAGGGCCGAGGCUCUGGCCGCCGUGGACAUUGUGGCGCAGAAGAGCCACCCGUUCAAACCGGACGCCACCUACCACACCAUGACAACCAUGACCAGCAUGACCUGCACCCCCACCUCCUCCUCUGCGCACCUGCACCACCCAUCCGUGCUCACCUCCCACCACCACCCAGCGCACCACCAGCCGGCUCAAGGCCUGGAAGGAGACCUGCUGGACCACCUGACGCCGGGUAUCUCUCUGGGAGGCAUGCCGGGCUCGGACGUCUGCUCCACGGCCUCGCACACCGCCCACGCUGCGCACAUGUCUGCCAUCAACCACAUGCAGCACCAUCACCACCCACAGUCCAUGAACAUGCACCCGCACGGCCUGGGCUCCCACAGCUCCCUAGGGGGCGGCGUUGGAGACGCAGAGCCGGACCCACGGGAGCUGGAGUCUUUCGCUGAGAGGUUCAAACAGAGGAGGAUCAAACUCGGAGUGACCCAGGCGGACGUGGGCGCGGCGCUGGCCAACCUAAAGAUCCCAGGGGUGGGAUGUUUGAGCCAGAGCACAAUCUGCAGGUUCGAGUCCCUGACGCUGUCCCACAACAACAUGGUGGCCCUGAAGCCGAUCCUGGAGGCCUGGCUGGAGGAGGCGGAGCGCGCGCAGAGGGAGAAGAUGUCCAAGCCGGAGAUCUUCAACGGGGGCGACAAAAAGAGGAAACGGACAUCUAUCGCGGCCCCGGAGAAGCGCUCCUUGGAGGCUUAUUUCGCCGUGCAGCCGAGGCCCUCCUCGGAGAAGAUCGCUGCGAUCGCCGAGAAACUGGACCUGAAAAAGAACGUGGUCCGGGUUUGGUUUUGCAAUCAGAGGCAAAAGCAGAAACGAAUGAAGUUUUCUGCGACGCACUAA